AUGAGCAAAUUAAUUCCACAACCUCAACCAACGUUUUUGAUUGGAAAUUUGAAAGAGAUAGAUUCUACUCAUGGUUUAGAGUCUCUGAAAAGAUUGCACAAACUGUACGGUGAUAUUUAUCGAUUGACCUUUUUUAACAAAAGUUUUGUGGUAGUUUGUAGUCAAGAAAUUGUUAACUUUGUAUGUGACGAAACAAAAUUCGAUAAAAAUGUUAGUCAAGCUCUAGAAGAAUUGAGAGCUGCAGCUGGCGAUGGACUCUUUACUGCACAUACGUCAGAACCAAAUUGGAAACUUGCUCAUAAAAUCUUAAUGCCUGCUUUUGGACCACAAGCCAUUCGAGAUAUGUUUCCAGCUAUGAUGGAUAUAUGUACACAACUUAUUCUUCGAUGGGAACGAUUUGCUGGGGAAGAAAUUGAUGUUUGCGAUAAUUUGACUCGUUUGACGUUGGAUACUAUUGCUUUAUGCAGUUUCAAUUAUCGAUUCAAUAGUUUCUAUCAUAAUACAAUGCAUCGUUUUGUUGAUGCUAUGAUAAAUGUUCUUAUUGAAAGUGGUAAACGUGUUGGACGAUUUUCUUUGCAAAAUACACUGAUGAUGACAACUGCGCGUCGCUACAAGAAUGAUGUUGAAUAUAUUCACAAUCUAUGCGAUGAAAUUGUUCAAGAACGUCGUAAAAAUCCAAAUGAUGUUAAUGAUUUACUUAAUCGAAUGAUUAAUGGUAAAGAUCCAGAAACUGGUUAUCAAUUAUCUGAUGAAAAUAUUCGUUAUCAAAUGUUUACUUUUUUGGUUGCCGGACAUGAAACAACAUCUGGACUUCUUUCAUUUACAUUAUAUUAUCUUCUAAAAAAUCCACGUGCGUUACAAAAAGCACAAGCAGAAGUCGAUCUAUAUAAUGAAAUUACAGUUGAUACAUUAAGCAAAUUAAAAUAUAUCGAUGCAGUAUUAAAAGAAACACUUCGUUUACAACCUACAGCACCAGGAUUUAGUUUAGAAUCGAAGAUAGGUGAUAUCAUGCUUCCAGGUGGUUACAUAGUUGAGAAAGACGAUAUGAUACUUGUUCUUUUGUCUGGAUUACAUCGUGAUCCAAAGGUAUGGGACCAACCAGAAGAAUUUAUUCCAGAACGAAUGCUCAAUGGUGGAUUUGAAAAACUUCCACCAAAUUUAUGGAAACCAUUUGGUAAUGGGCAACGUGCUUGUAUCGGUCGACCUUUUGCAUGGCAGGAGAGUCUUCUUGCUAUUGCCCUUAUACUUAAACAUUUUAAUAUUGAAUUUGUUGAUCCAUCGUAUGAUCUUCGUAUUAAAGAAACCUUAACAAUCAAACCAGAUGGUUUUAAAAUACGAGUUCGACCACGUCAACAAAUAGGAUUUCUACUUAAUACAAAUGUCAAACAAUCAGAAAAAAUACCAGAAAAAACAAAACAACAAAUUGAUAGAGAACAUCUUCGACCAAUGUGUAUUCUUUUUGGUAGUAAUUCUGGUUCUUGUCAAUCUUUUGCAGAUACAUUAGCAUCUGAAGCACCUCUCUAUGGUUAUAAUGCAACAGUAGCGAAUCUCGAUUCUUCUAUUGGAUGUCUUCCAAAUGAUCGACCUAUUAUAAUAAUAACUGCUUCAUAUGAAGGUAAACCAUGCGACAAUGCCAAACAAUUUGUCGCUUAUCUUGAAUCAAAACCAAAAUUAGAAAUCAAUUAUGCUGUAUUUGGAGCUGGUCAUCAUGAUUGGAUUGAUACGUAUCAAAAAGUUCCAACUUAUAUUGAUCAGAUGAUUGAAAACAUGGGUGGUAAACGAAUUAUUGAACGUGGUGUUGGUGAUGCUGCAGGUGAUUUUUUUGGUGCAUUUGAAAGUUGGAAAGAAAAUCUAUUUCGAGCAUUACGAAAAGAUACUGGGGAUCAAAAUGUGUUUAGUAAUGAAAAACUUUCAAUCGAAAUUGUCAAUUCAAGUAGACAUCUUGGGCAAAUAACAGAUUUUGGUGUUGCUUUACAAAAUAAAAUUUUAGUUGACGCAAAUGAAAUUGGACCUAUGAAACGACAUUUGGAAAUACAAUUACCAAAAGGACAAACUUAUCGUACUGGAGAUUAUCUUUCUGUUUUACCAACAAAUCCAAUUGAAAUUGUUUCUCGAGUUCUUAAACAAUUUCAUUUAUCUGGUGAUACUCAUAUUAAAAUUAAUUCUUCGACGAAUACAUUCUUUCCAACAAAUUAUCCAGUUAGUGCAUUUGAUAUUUUAAUUGGUUAUGUUGAGUUAGCUCAACCAAUCAGUAAAAAGCAAAUUGAAAUUCUUGCUGGAUUAUGUAAAAAUGAAACAGAACAAAUACGCCUUACAAAUCUUGCUGGAGAUGAAUAUGAAAAAGAAAUUCUUGAUAAACGAAUAAAUAUUUUGGACAUUCUUGAAUUAUAUCCAUCAUGUAAACUUUCAUUUGCACAAUAUCUUCGAAUGCUUCCAUCACUUCGUGUUCGUCAAUAUAGUAUUUCGUCAUCACCUUUAUGGAAUUCUGAAGUUGUAACAAUAACAUGGGAUAUACUCAAUAGACCAUCAUUAAGUGGAAUUGGACAAUAUUAUGGUGUUGCAUCGAAUUAUCUUGCAAAUCUCAAAGAAGGUGAUCAUAUUAGUUGUAGUGUUCGAGCAAGUAAUGUUAAAUUUCAUCCACCUGAAGAUACAAAAGUACCUAUUGUUAUGAUAGCUGCUGGAACUGGAAUUGCACCAUUUCGUGGAUUUAUUCAAGAAAGAGCAGCUCAAUUCGUAUGUGGAAGAGAUAUUGGACGAACAAUUCUUUAUUAUGGAUGUCGAGCAAAUGAAGAUUUUUUGUAUUCAGAUGAAUUAGAUAAGUGGUCGAAACUUGCUGCAAUAGAAGUCAAAUCUAUUUUCUCUCGUCAAAAAAAUGAUGACAAAAAAUAUGUUCAAGAUUUACUUUGGGAAGAUCGAAAUGAGAUUGCUAAAUUGUAUUCCAUUGGUGCACGAUUUUAUACAUGUGGUAGUGCUAACAAAUUAGGUACAUCAGUGAAAACAUGUUUUAUCAAGAUCAUUGCAGAAAUUAAACAAUGUAAUGAAGUUGAAGCAGGAAAAAUUCUUGAAGAAAUUUCACUUGAUCGAUAUAGUGUCGAUGUUUUUACAUAA